AGGAAGGCAUUUUACGAGCUGGUAAUCUGUUUCCGCUGAGUAAAUGAAAAGGUGCAGGAGUUCGGAUCUCCAGUUGUCUGUAGUUGGAGAGGAAACUCUGAAGCGAUGCCGUUCAAGUUCGCAUGAAACGGUCAAUAGUCAUAACUUUUUGACCUUGCCAGUCGUUAUAAAGCAUAAGAUACUGUCGCUGGUUGAAAUUACUGACCUGAUAAAUAUGUGGGAUGCCUCGAAGGAAUUACAGUUGAUGGUGAAGGCAUACUGUGCAGGCAGUCACUGUCCACAGUUUUCACAGUUUUACGAUCCGCACAAUCACCCUCAACAUAGUUUUAGACGGUUUGCUGAUUUGUACAAGGCUAUUGGAAGCCUUUUUCGUAGAACCUGUCAAAAUCUCUCUUUCCGCCGCAAACUUCAAUUCCUGGAAUUCCACCUGCCUCGCCACAUACCUAGCUCAAGUCAUUCGCUAAGUAGUAGUCCGAAUUCUUCAGGACAAGGCCGUUAUCUCAGCGUCUGCAGCGUGGGAUCCAUUCGAUGUCCAGCUCCGCAUUUGUACGGUAUCUUGUUAAAAGAAUACACAUAUGACUGGCCAGAACAUGACAUUCAGCGAGCUUUUCACACGCUGGUGCACGUCUGCUUCAGUGCAAACUUCUGGUUUCGUCUUUCAUGUAUCGUCAGCCAGAGGCCAGGUGUAGAUCCUCAGUCGGAACUGACUGUCCGUCUUUUCCUGAGAAAGAUAUUCUUGGACCCUCUCUCUCUACCACAAGAAUACUCCUCAACCAGCACAACUUCUUCAUCACCUGCUUCUGUUUCUUAUGAAAAUCAUCAUUUGGUAUCAGAUACCAACUCUGUUACUAAUGAAUACGAUUUAACACAAAAUUCUCAAGAAAGUCAAAAUCUUUCUGAAGCGUCUAAUUCUCAUUUCGAUGGGACAUCGGAUCAACUUGUGUUGCUCAAAAAUCUACCUGUAGAAACAACAUCCUCCUACCUCUCUUCAUCUUACACUGGUGAUGACAGUCUUGCAGUUGGUGUAAUAGAACCUGCUGAAUUACUUUGUGUUGCCACGGGAUCCACAUCACCAUCUUCAGCGCCAACAACUGUUCAACCUUCAUCAUGCUAUUAUGGUAUACCCAUGCCAAACAAUUCAUGGCCAGCUUCAAAGAAUUUGAUGAGGAUUUUACGCUCCUUCUCUCAUAACCACCAGGCUAGAAUUCUAUUCAUCUUAUAUGGACCAACCAACAGGGGGAGGCUUAUGUGGCGAAUAAUGUGCGAAUAUACAGCUAGAGAUUCUGAACAAUUAUUUGCUUGUUUUGGUGAUCUUGGCAGUGUGCUAAUGCACAUGUUAUACUGCAAUUUAUGGUCAUCUGAAGAUAUAAGAAAAAUUCUUGACCAUAUAAUUACAACCCCUGAUGACUGGUUGGUAGAGAAUGUAGCAUGUUUAAUGCAUACAUCAGGGCCAAAAAUAGCAUGCCUAUCUUUAACAGAUAAGGCCAGUAGUGGGAAAAUUAAUGAGGUUACUCUCAUUAUUACUUCAUUAUGCAUAGUUCGGGUGAAAAUACGUGCAGAAUUACGACAACUUAUCCAACUUGUCCGUACAGUAUUUCGAGCUACAAGAGAAACAGAUCGAGAAAACUUUAUUGAACGGCUAGCUAAAUCGUUCCAGGAUAUUAUAGUUGAUUUUGCUGAUACAGAUGAGACAGAGGAACGAAUCGGUGAUCUUUCUAUCCUAAUGAGGGCACAAACAGAAUUCAUGUGCGCCUUAAUGGCUCAUAUGUUCGAAGAAUAAGGAUAAUCAACCCAUUUAUACUGUUGUGCUUUCAAUAGAUAUGUGCUUUCUUUUUACAAACUUUUCUACCGUUGAUCAUUGUUUUGAAGAUGAUAUCAUAUUCCAAAUUUUGAAAUAAACAACUUUUUCCUUUGG